AUGAGCACUACCGAGCAUAAUGACAUCCUCUUUCUCAACUUCAAUCAAUCUGGGUCCUGUUUGGCGGUAGGUACCUCUCAAGGGUUCAAAAUACUAAAUUGUGAGCCAUUUGGAGAAUUCUACUCAGAAAUACACGAUGAGGGCUCUGGAGGGUAUAACAUAGUUGAGAUGUUAUUUUCUACUUCUUUAGUUACUUUGAUAGGCAAUGGUGAUAAUCCAGACUUUUCACCCCGAACCCUGAAGAUAAUCAAUACAAAAAAGGAAUCCACCAUCUGCAAGAUUUCUUUUCCUACGCCGAUCCAAUCAGUCAGAAUGAACAAGACGCAUUUAGUGGCUCUGCUAAGAACACAAAUAUAUGUUUAUGAUAUUACCACUUUAAAACUUUUACACGUUAUCGAAAUCGAUUGGAAUCCGCAUUGUGUAAUGACGCUGUCUCCCAAUAUUAAGAACAAUAUUUUAGGGUUCCCUUCAUCCAUUAAGAUCCUUCUCAAUGCUAGGAUUGUGAAAAACGAUGUAAUCGUUUCAAAAGGUAUCAACAUAUCUUCCAACGAAGGUGUCAGCGACAGUAUCACACAACUGAAAGAGAAUUCCACAACGCUGAAGGGAAACGUUGUAAUUUACGACCUUUCCAUUUUACAACCGAGAAUUAUAAUAGAGGCCCAUGAAUCUGAGAUUGCUGCAUUAACGUUUAGUUCUGAUGGUACGUUAUUAGCCACAGCAUCCGUGAAGGGAACUAUAAUAAGAGUAUUCAAUUGCACUUCGGGAUUGAGAUGUUAUCAAUUUCGGAGAGGUACUUAUCAAACAAGAAUAUUAUCUAUGAACUUUAGUAAUAACAAUCAAUUUUUGGCAGUAACAUGCUCUAAUGGAACGAUUCAUAUAUUUAAAUUGAAUUUAAAUACGAAUAAUAAUAACAAUAAUAAUCCAACUGUCAAUGAAGAGGAGGUGACAGGAAUGAACACAUACACUUCAUUCCGAAACAUAGGACCUCAUGUGGACGAGGGAAGAAACACGGUCAGCCGGAUAAUAAGAAACUCUUCACAACAGCUUUCAAGAAAGGCUAUGCAAGCAAUAGGCCAAAUGCUUCCCAGUUCUGUGACAUCUGCAUGGGAUCCAAUGAGACACUUUGCAAGCUGUAAACUUCCCCAGUCACAAACUGCCUAUGAAACGAGUGCAGUAUUUAUAGACUCCUACAAGGAGAUAGAUAUUCAAAGUUACCGGGAUCUGUUUGGCAAUGGACUAGAGGAUAUCCCAUUGCCUUCUGCUAGCGAGGUAACCAAGGUUCACAUUGUUCCUGUAAGAGUAGGGGAUCCGAACGGAUUUCUUCACGAGUACAUACUGGACCCUGAGAGGGGCGGUGAUUGUCCUCUACUAAGUAGCUACCCUCUGUGA